CUUACUUCCUCCGCUCUAUAAAUAGCCUGCUCAUAGAACUACUAAACCUGCAGGUUGAAUUGAAUCUUUUGGUCUUGAAAGAUGAGUGAGUGCAUUGCAAAUGGGGCAACAAAACUGCAGAUUGAGGCAAUGCAGACAGUAAUGCCUCUGAAGCCAACUGAUCCUCGGCACUCCCACCGUGUUUCGGUCCCAGAAAACCACGGCCCCGGCGGCAGCUUCCGGCGGCGGUUCCACAUGAUACUGUGCUACAACAAGGCCUCCGACGAUGACUCAGGGUGGAUAGUAGCAGGUUGGAUCAAGGAAUCACUUGGAAGGGCACUUAUUGAGAACCCAGUGCUUGCUGGCAGACUGAGAAAAGGGGAAGAUAAUGGUGGUUCUGGGGAUAUGGAGAUUGUUUCAAAUGAUUGUGGGGUUAGAAUGUUGGAGGCUCAGAUCAAUAUCUCCUUGGCUCAGUUUCUUGGCCUCAAACACAAGAGAGUUGCAGAAUCUGAGCUUGUGUUUUGGGAGGAUGUUCAAGAAUCAACCCCUCAGUACUGUCCAUUGUUUUACAUUCAGGUGACAAAUUUCAACUGUGGUGGAUACUCAAUAGGGAUAAGUUGCAGCCUAUUUCUGGCAGAUCCAUUUAGCAUGACAAGUUUCCUCAAUAAAUGGUCAAAAAUUCACUGCACCAUGCUCUCACAAGUUGAUAAACCCAACAAAAUCCCUACGUUUUACUUCCCAAACCUCAGAAAACCUGGUACUUUACCCACUCAUGUUCCCCUGGACUCCUCAUCAACUAAUGAUAAUCACCCUGCAGCUACUACCAAAACUGUAAUCUUCAGACUCCCCACAAAGAUCUCGAAUUCCGACAAAGAGAUCCACAAGACCCUUGCUGCCAAAUGCAUAGAAGAGGCCGAAAACAAGACUUCCAAGAGGUUGUCUUCGAGGUUCACUAUGUUCUUGAAAGAUUCCUCGGAAGAUGUAAAGGUAGAGAGUUGGUUAACAGAGGAUGUUUUUCAGAAGUCAUUUUCUGGUUUAAUCAGCGGAGUUGAUUCUCUGAGCUGGGAAGAUUUAGGGAUUGACAAAAUUUGCUUCAAAGAGGAUAACAAGGCUGUCUAUUUCUCAUGUUGGAUUAGCUCAAUAUUUGGUGAAGACUUUGUGAUGAUUGUUCCAUCUACUGAUGAUGAUGAGGGAAGGUCUGGUGGACACAAUAUUAUUGUCACAAUUUCUGAUUAGAGGACAACUUUUCAUUUUUAUCACUUCAAAACAUUUAUAUUGGCUUAAAGUUAGGCCCCUCUAAUAAAAUAGAGGUUUUCGUGUGCU